AAAAAACUAAUAAAAAAUGGUCGCUGAACAAAGAAGACGUGUCGAAGAUCUUAUGACAAGAAUGAUCGAAGAAAUGGAUAAGGCAUAUUUAAGGAGAAUGCAGGGUAAUAUGCAUAGAUGUGCAGCCACUUGUUGUGAUAAUGAAAGUUACAGCAUACUACAAGUACAAAACUGUGUAGAAAAUUGUAGUUCCUCAUUAAACGAGGCACAAAAUUAUGUUCAGAAUGAAUUUGUAAGAAUACAGAAUCGAUUACAAAGAUGUGUAAUGGACUGCAAUGACACGAUAAAAGAUAAAAUGAGUUCAAAUCUAACGCAACAUGAAGUGGAUAGGUAUAGCGAAGAAUUUGAUAAAUGUGCAACAAAAUGCGUAGACACUUAUUGCGACUUAUUACCUUCGUUGGAAAAAUCAAUGAAGAAUGUACUUUCAAGUAAAGUUUGAAAAAUAGUACAAGGAUAAAUAAAUUAUUCUUAUAAGGCUAAAAAACAAAUUUCAAUUGUUAAAACAUGCAUCUUUUGUAAUUUUUAUAGGUAUUAAAUAUGUAACAUAGAUGAAACUGUUAAUAUUCAGAAAAAUUGUUUUUAAGUGCAUUAAUGCAUUGGUGGUGUAUAUAAUGCUUAAAGUUUUACAUACUUUAGUUAGUUUUCCUGUAUUACAGUUAAAUACAGUAGUUUUAUUUCAA